AGCUACCAGCACUUCCAGGUUCUUCAGCAGCAAGAGGAUGGAAGGAUGAAUAGAAGUAGCUUCAAAUAGGAUGGAGAUCUCAUCAGGCUUGCUGUUCCUGGGCCACCUAAUAGUGCUCACCUAUGGCCACCCCACCCUAAAAACACCUGAGAGUGUGACAGGGACCUGGAAAGGAGAUGUGAAGAUUCAGUGCAUCUAUGAUCCCCUGAGAGGCUACAGGCAAGUUUUGGUGAAAUGGCUGGUAAGACACGGCUCUGACUCCGUCACCAUCUUCCUACGUGACUCCACUGGAGACCAUAUCCAGCAGGCAAAGUACAGAGGCCGCCUGAAAGUGAGCCACAAAGUUCCAGGAGAUGUGUCCCUCCAAAUAAAUACCCUGCAGAUGGAUGACAGGAAUCACUAUACAUGUGAGGUCACCUGGCAGACUCCUGAUGGAAACCAAGUAAUAAGAGAUAAGAUCAUUGAGCUCCGUGUUCGGAAAUAUAAUCCACCUAGAAUCAAUACUGAAGCACCUACAACCCUGCACUCCUCUUUGGAAGCAACAACUAUAAUGAGUUCAACCUCUGACUUGACCACUAAUGGGACUGGAAAACUUGAGGAGACCAUUGCUGGUUCAGGGAGGAACCUGCCAAUCUUUGCCAUAAUCUUCAUCAUCUCCCUUUGCUGCAUAGUAGCUGUCACCAUACCUUAUAUCUUGUUCCGCUGCAGGACAUUCCAACAAGAGUAUGUCUAUGGAGUGAGCAGGGUGUUUGCCAGGAAGACAAGCAACUCUGAAGAAACCACAAGGGUGACUACCAUCGCAACUGAUGAACCAGAUUCCCAGGCUCUGAUUAGUGACUACUCUGAUGAUCCUUGCCUCAGCCAGGAGUACCAAAUAACCAUCAGAUCAACAAUGUCUAUUCCUGCCUGCUGAACACAGUUUCCAGAAACUAAGAAGUUCUUGCUACUGAAGAAAAUAACAUCUGCUAAAAUGCCCCUACUAAGUCAAGGUCUACUGGCGUAAUUACCUGUUACUUAUUUACUACUUGCCUUCAACAUAGCUUUCUCCCUGGCUUCCUUUCUUCUUAGACAACCUAAAGUAUCUAUCUAGUCUGCCAAUUCUGGGGCCAUUGAGAAAUCCUGGGUUUGGCUAAGAAUAUACUACAUGCACCUCAAGAAAUCUAGCUUCUGGGCUUCACCCAGAACAAUUUUCUUCCUAGGGCCUUCACAACUCUUCUCCAAACAGCAGAGAAAUUCCAUAGCAGUAGAGGUUCUUUAUCAUGCCUCCAGACAGCGUGAGUCUCAGUCCUACAAACUCAGACAAGCACAUGGGUCUAGGAUUACUCCUCUUUCUCUAGGGCCAGAUGACUUUUAAUUGAUAUUACUAUUGCUACAUUAUGAAUCUAAUGCACAUGUAUUCUUUUGUUGUUAAUAAAUGUUUAAUCAUGACAUCAA